GACGACUCUCUGACAGACAAACUGGACACCAACACACUUGAGCAGUGCAGGCAGGUGUGGGAAUACGCUGGAGGCAUCGCAAUGGACCUAGGUGGAAGUUCAUACUUCCAACUGGUGUCCUUGUCCACAGGAAAUUCAACCUUUGAAGGUGUUGGUAUGUCGUUUGUCCAGACACAAGACACAAACACACUCACCACCAGAGAGUCUGGAUACGGUCAAACACACACGGCCAUCACAAACGCCAACCAUGACCAUGCAAAGAACAUCACCUGCAUUCUGCUCACCAAAGAUAAACACACAACGUUGUUCUUCACCACUCCCCAGGACCAACUCCAGACACACAAAGCAACCUACAGCACAGAAACUGGCCACUCCGUCAGCCUAACACACUACACUAAACAUACAGAGAAAUACUAUCCAUCUUCAGAAAUGGUAGGCAACUCUACACUGAAGGCGAGUUCCACAUCUGGACCAGACAUGCCUCUGUCAACAGAUCAUGUUCUCAUAUCUGUUGUUGCAGUUUCAGCAUUGGUCGGCCUGGUCUUGUCGUCCCUUCUAGUGUUGGUGUUGAAGUUGUGCUCGAAAGGGACGAGCGAGGAUGAGAGGGACAGUGACGAUGCACAUGUUUGGACCGUCCCGCCUGGGGUUGCUUUCCCCGGCUUGCUGAGGUCUGCUUCCCUCCCUGCACGUGGCAAGAUGGCGUUGGAUGCCGUAGUUUCCUGUAGGUCACUGCCCGUUGUCCUGCAUUCCGUCCAGCCUACUUACAGCGAGAUCCCAGAUGACGUAGCUUGUGCUCAGAGGCCCCUGCCCAGUCUCCCGCACGACGACGUGAUGGUCCGGUCAGCCUCCCUCCCUGCACGCACUCGCGGGAGCGCCCCAGACGAUGCGGCAUCCUGUAGGUCAUUGCCGACUGUUCUACAGUCCAUUGAACCCACCUAUAGUGAGAUCCCAGAUCACAUGGCCGCUGCGCAGCGCCCUCUGCCGGCUCUCCCGCGCACAUCCUGGGAGAUCACAGAACACGGAGCUGCUGCACAGCGCCCCCUGCCUGUCCCACACCAUACCUACAGUGAGAUCCCAGAUGAUGAGAGCGGCCCCAUGCCUUUCUAUACUGAUCCUGGAGGGUUUUCGCUUCAUGUUGUCAAAAACAGGGGCCAAAACAAACGGGCCUUCCGGAAUGUCACAACUACUUUCAACAGACACCUGUCAGGAAGAUCCAUGGCCACAUAUGGGUCAGCUGAACAGAACAAAGCCCAGGGUGAUAGCGUUUACAGAAUGGCCAUCGAUGUCCAGGGUAUAAGAGCCCGUAGAAAUCUGAGGACAGGUUUGGUAUCCCAGGCUAUCGACCAAAGUGUGAGGACGUACGUCAACGUCACGGAUGCGAUUCUGUCGAGAGGUCAGGAGGUCACGGAGGCUCACAUCGCCUUCCUCACAUCCCCGGGUACAUCCGGGACGGGGUCAUGGGAGAUCUCAGGGGAGGGAACCCGUAACACACCACAGCGUGCUCCCCUCCCCACCGUCACACUACCUAACACCUACUGGCCAUGGGAGAUCCCAGGGAAGGGAACCUCUAACACAGCACGGCGUGUGUCCCUCCCCACCGUCACACUACCUAACACCUACUGGCCAUGGGAGAUCCCCGGGGAGGAAACCCGUAACACACCGAUGCAUGCAAGGGUUAGGAGUGGCGCUAGGGAGAACGCAGCCAUGUUGUUCUUGCUGCUUUUCAUAGCUACCUGCACAGCUUCAGAUGGCCCGGGUUCUCCUCAGUGUAAGGUAGCUGGAUGGCGGGUGUGUGUGCCUCUCAAUGGCAAGAUGGGACAGAUGAAAGUGUCCGGCACAUGUGUCGUGUGUGGGGUCCAGAUAGAGGGUGUUGCUCCUGUAAGCCCUUUCUCUUUCCUUGCUGGGGCCCAACAUGUUGCAAUAAGGGGGUAUCCAUUCCACGUCCUGUCGGCAAACAGCCUGACCCCGCUUGAGCAUUCUGUGGUCCUCACUUUGGCCUUGUUGAAUGCAAAGAUCACUGAUGUAAAGAACAACACUCUCGCUGGGUUCUCCAGUCUCGUACAACUGUCUCUAGAUUCUAACAGGUUGACAAAUGUCAAGAAGACCUGGUUCACAGCUGGCUUGAAAAAUCUCCGCUGGCUGACUUUGUCCAACAACUACAUCAAACAGAUACAGCCUGGGAGCUUCGCCAACCUAACGCGCCUAUAUGGCUUGAAUCUAAAGAACAACCUGUUACAGGUUGUAGACCCUGCCUGGCUCUUUGGACUGAAAGGUCACAUGCUCAUGAACCUGGGUUUGAAUGCAAUCAAUAGCAUCGCACCCGGGUCAUUCCGUGACAUACAGCUGUACUGGUUAGAUCUGAGUGGUACUGAUCUGUCAUGUUUGGAUGAAGAUGUUUUCCGGGGACAAUCAUGGCUCGGAAGGCUCCGUGUCAGCAGUGGCACGCUGUCAUCUGUCCAUGACGCAAAGCCACAUGAAAUGACGUGGAGCCUACAGCGGUUCUUCCUUGCCAUGAGAGGGUCAGCAGUAUUGGCUGUUGUGGUGCCCAGGUUCCACUUCUGUGUCAGCCACAAUAGGGUAACCCCUGGAUUCUCGUUUUGGUGGAUGUUUGACUCAUCUGACAGUGUGCCAUAUAACAUUGCACCCACAGCAUACGCUUGUGGUAUUUUCAAAAGUUCAUUGAUCUCUAUCCAGCCCCCUGUAGUUGUCCUGGCCAUUGACGACUCUCUGACAGACAAGCUGGAGACCAACUCGCCUGAGCAGUGCAGGCAGGUGUGGGAAUACGAUGGAGGCAUCGCAAUGGAACUAGGUGGAAGUUCAUACUUCCGACUGGUUUCCUUGUCCACGGGGAACUCAACCUUUGAAGGUGUUGGCAUGUCGUUUGCCCAGACACAAGACACGAACACACUCACCACGACAGAGUCUGGAUACGGUCAAACACACACGGCCAUCACAAACGCCAACCAUGACCAUGCAAAGAACAUCACCUGCAUUCUGCUCACCAAAGAUAAACACACAACGUUGUUCUUCACCACUCCCCAGGACCAACUCCAGACACACAAAGCAACCUACAGCACAGAAACUGGCCACUCC